AUGUCUCUUUCUCCCUGCCGGGCCCAGAGGGGCUUCAGUGCUCGCUCAGCCUGUUCUGCUCGCUCCAGGGGCAGAAGCAGGGGUAGCUUCAGCAGCAGGAGCCUCAUCUCCUUCGGGAGAUGCCGAGGAAGCUCUCGUGGGGUGGCCUGGGGGUCAGGAGGAAGUCUGGGCGUGUGGUUUGGGCAGGGGAGCGGUGGGCCUGGGCUUUCCCUGUGCCCUCCGGGGGGCAUCCAGGAAGUGACCAUCAACCAGGCUCUUCUGACCCCAUUGAAGAUUGAGAUUGACCCCAAGUUCCAGGUGGUGAGGACUCAGGAGACCCAAGAGAUCAGAACUCUUAACAACCAGUUUGCUUCCUUCAUUGACAAGGUGCGGUUCCUAGAGCAGCAGAACAAGGUCCUGGAGACCAAGUGGCACCUGCUGCAGCAGCUGGGGGUGAGUGACAGCCCUCGGGGCCUGGAGUCUUGCUUUGAGGACUUCCUGGCCCAGCUCAGAAGGCAGCUGGAGGAGCUCCAGAGACAACGAGGGGCUCUGGAGGCUGAGCUGAAGUUCUGCCAUGACCAGGAGGAGGAGUAUAAGGCCAAGUAUGAACAGGAGGCCCACAAGCGGGCCACCGUCGAGAAUGACUUUGUGGUUCUCAAAAAGGAUGUGGAUGAGGUGUUCCUGAGCAAGAUGGAGUUGGACGGCAAGCUGGAGUCUCUGAGACAGUACAUCUGCUUCUUGAGACAUCUGUAUGAAGAAGAGCUGGGUCAGCUCCAGACCCAGGCCGGCGACAUGUCCGUGGUGCUGUCCAUGGAUAACAACCGCUGUCUGGACUUCAGUGACAUCAUUGCCGAGGUCCGUGCCCGGUAUGAGGAGAUCACCCAGACCAGCAAAGCCGAGGCCGAGAUGCUGUACCAGACCAAGUACCAGGAACUUCAGGCGACUGCCCAGCUGCAUGGGGACAGCAUUCAGGAAACCAAAGUCCAGAUCUCUCAACUGCAGCAGAGCAUUCAGAGACUGCGAAGUCAGGUUGAGAACCUCAAGGAGCAGAAUGCCAGCCUGGAGGCCAAAGUGGCAGGUGCUGAGCAGCGUGGGGAGCUGGCUCUCCAGGAUGCUCAGACCAAGCUGGCCGAGCUGGAAGCUGCUCUGAGAACCGCCAAGCAGAACAUGGCCCGGCUGCUGCGCGAGUACCAGGAGCUGAUGAGCACAAAGCUGGCCCUGGACGUGGAGAUCGCCACCUACCGCAGGCUGUUGGAGGGCGAGGAGUGCAGGAUGUCUGGGGCAUGCACCAGCCAGGUUACUAUCUCCAUGGGGGGAGGCAGCACCAUCCUGCCUGGAAGACCUUGUGAAAACACUUGUGGACUUGGCGGCGGAAAAGGCACUUUUGGGUCCAGCUGCUCCAGCGUCGUGACCGGAGGCUCCAAUGUCAUCCUGGGCUCAGGGCAGGGCCCUGUUAUGGGUUCCUGCUCUGUGUCCGGCUCCGGCUCGGGCUCCAGCUGCCACACCAUCUUGAAGAAAACAGUCGAGUCAAGUCUCAAGACAUCUGUCAUAUACUGA